AUGAAGCCCGCAGAUAGCGCUUCCGCCGCAAUUAGGGGCGCCACGCUGGCCUUUCAGAGAGACAAGCUCGAGCAGAAACAGCAGCAGCAGGGGCAGCAACAAGAGCCGUCGACGACGACGAGACAGCCCUUGGGGCGAAAUCACAGCCACGUCGUCGCGGGCAAGAGAGACAAUGGCGCCUAUACGGCUGCGACGGAGGCGGUUCGAUCGACAGGCACGGCGGCGGCCAACGGCUCGAAUAAUCACACGAUCGGCACGCGAGCGCACCUUGUCCCAGGGAGGACCAUUUCGACAGCCUCGGCACCGGAGCCAUCAGCGGUGGGAUUAGGUGCUUCGAGGCCGCAGCAGCUUGAAGGCCAGCAGCAGCAGCAGCGUCAUACCGGCGGAGGUGGUGGCGCCUCAGCGGCGUUUGCCUCUCAAGCUGCGCAUCUGGGCCUGGCGCCGGCGGCUGCGCGGAUGGAUGGCAGGAAUCAGAGCCUCAUUGCGGCGACGCUGGCUGCGAGUCGGAGUGCGAGCCCUACGAGACCGGCGGCGACGAAUACGGGGACGAAUACGGCGAAGAUGGCGGGCAGGAGGGCGGAGAGCGUGAGGACGAUGAGCUCUGCGAGCAGUGCUGGGGGAAGCGAGGUUGUGGAUUCGGGGCCGUUGGCUUCUGCAGGAUCGUUGAUAUCGAUGUUUGAGCGAGGGAAUGGAAAGGGUCCUUCGCCGCCAGAGUCCGUCGUCAGCGGUGCUGGAGCUGAAGACAAGAUCAAGCUCAGGCCGGCAGUGACGGUGGUGACGGCCAGCGAUCAGCCGCAGCAGAAGAAAGUCAAGAAGCCAAAGAAGACGCCCGCGGUGGUCAAGCGAGAUACGCGGGCGCCGCCGCCGACGCCUCCUCCCGCGACCAGGACGCGCCGAGACCCGAUGGCUGAGACAGCUCCGGGAGGGGACGGAAAGUCAAUGACGGCGGCGGCGGAGGUGUCGGGACCUGGGCAGCGGAUUGAUCAGCGAGAGAGCUUGGGGUUGCAAACUGCGCAGAAACAACAACGGGAGUCCAAUGAUAAUAGUAAUCGUCAAUCCGAACAGCCUACAACAACCAAAUUGAAAGAGAACAAAGCUGCCACUCCGCCCCAAAGGCCCAUGACUCCAGCAGCUGCUACAACGCAUACAUCAACAUCAACAUCAACAUCAGCACCAGCACCAGCUCCUUUACCACAGCACAAACCCAACCCCACGAGCUCGCAUCCACGAUCAGAAACUACGACAUCACCGCCGCGAGCGAUCCAUCCCUCUACGCCUCCGCCUCUCAAACCUCUUAUGAGCAGGACUGUCGCUGAGGUCGUGUCCCCGCAGCCGACGCGGGUGACCAAGACUCCGUUGAGUCCCAUGGCCUCUCCGCACUUGACACUGAACCCGUCUAUACAUGUUGCUCUAGCAUCACCUUCGCCGGAUCCGCCAAAGAAACGGCAAGAUGUCUUAGUGGUGAAACGACCUCCUACACCGCCGAAGCCGAGGGGCAAUGGCCAUAAACGUACAGGCAGUGAUGAGCCUAAGUUACGAGGCAGGUCUUAUAGCCAUCAUUUAGAUGCGGCGGCGGCGAACCAGUCGCGGGCUUCUAUAGCUUCUGCAAUGCGGACGGGGCAGUCUGUGUCUCCCCAGCAUUCAGGGUCCUCUCGCCCUUCUUCUAUGUUCCUGUCUAGGAGACACUCCAUGGUGAGCGCGCCGUCGCUCGGCACUGCGACGCCGGGCCAUACGCCGCUAGACAAUCUUACCGAUGCCAUCAUGGCCGGAUCGCUCGCCUCGUCUCGCCUAACGCCGCAUCAUACCGGUUCGAAACUGGCUCCUCCUCCGGUGCCGAAACGGCAAAAGUCGCCUCGAUUGUUGCAUACGCUGCGGAAUCCUCACCAGGUAUCUGACGAUGAGGAGGAUUCUCACAAGAAGGGGCAUCGGGCCCUGCUGAGAAAAGGCAAGCAUGCGCACCACGAGGGAUCGAGGAAGAAGUGGCGGGAAGAGAUUAGGCCGCGAGAGAGGAAACGCUACGAGGCGCUGUGGGCGUCGAAUCGCGGCAUCAUGCUGACGGACACGCGGCUGAUGAGUCCCGCCACGAGCAUCAGCAGCAAUCUGGACAGAGACGUCUCGCAGUGCGUGGCAAACGUGGUGGUGAGGGAGGUGUGGAAACGCUCGAGGCUGCCGCUGGAUGAGCUGGCCGAGAUAUACGACCUGGUGGACCGGAGCAGGAUGGGGAUGCUGAGCAGGGCGGAGUUUGUGGUUGGGACGUGGCUGGUUGAUCAGAGGCUGAAGGGGCGGAAAGUGCCUGCAAGGGUGACAGAUAGUGUCUGGGGGAGUGCGAAUGGGGUGACUGUGAAGGGGCCGAAUGGGAAGUGA